ACAAAAAUGAGUUGCAGUGCAAAGAGAGCCACUAUCAUGCCUAGGCAUUAUGGGCAGACUUAAUUUAAUGGCUUACAGACUAUAUAAUACUAUAGAAAUUGAACAUAGGUCAUUGCUGACCCUAGUGUAGUCCAAAGACUUUAUACCCCGUCCAACCAACCUUAGGCAAGGUGAUGGUCCACUUGACCUAACUGGACUUUAUUGUUUCCAUUUUUUUCGUUUCUUAAGAAACUUUUUCUUUACAAUUCCCACCCAAAUUUUGGCAUCCUGUUCCUCUGGACUCCCGGGAGUCAGGAGUUAGUGAGGUGUAACCUUUGUUAGCCCUUAACAACCCAAAACAACAACAACCCUCCCACCUUCACUCAGUGACAGUUAUACCACUGAUACACGGUAUACCAGCUUCCCAGCGUCAAUUUGGUAUACCACUGACACAAGGUAGCUGCCGAGGUAUACCACUGACACAAGGUAGCUGCCAAGUAUACCAGUGACACAAGGUAGCUGCCAAGUAUACCAGUGACACAAGGUAGCUGCCAAGUAUACCACUGACACAAAGUAGCUGUCAGGUAUACCAGUGAGCAGCCAAGAAAUACAUCCUGAGCAACAAUGAGUGGUAGCAAACAGCGCCCAAGUAUCCUGGACAAGUCUCUGAGUCGGGGCAGGACCGAGGUGAGCCUCACAGCUUAUGCGCUUCUGUUUUCCGAGAUGGUCCAGUACUCCCACAACCGUGUGACAAGUGUCAAUGAAUUACACAAUAAACACAUAUUCAUUAAAUUUUUUUGUUUUCAGUCACUAUUUGGGAAAGAGGCAGACAAGCUGGACCGAGCAACAGAUGAUGAGCGCAUAUACUACUUGAUAGAAAAAGAACCAUUAGUCAACCGAUUCAUAUCUGUGCCACGAGACAAAAGCUCCAUCAAUUGUGCUGCAUUUAUAGCUGGCAUUAUUGAGUCUGUCCUUAAUGCCACAGGAUUUCCAGCAAAAGUGACAGCACUGUGGCAUAAAGGCACAACAUUCAUGAUCAAGUUUGAUGACACUGUCUUAACCAGGGACAAACAGUUGGAAGGACGGUGAUUGUAUACACAACCAUAUUAUUUAAGAGCUGUUAUUAGUACAGUGUUAAUUAGAGAAGCAAGCAGUUGGGUCUCACACUUGGUAAGGCAUUGUAUCAUUAGUGCUUUUUAAUGUUUCAUAAUAUACUUACUCACUUUACAGUGCUUAUAAUAUAUUUGUAACAAUUCAAUUUUAGUACAUUUAUGCAGUAAUUUAGGGAAGUAAUUUUUUUUUUUUUUUUUUCCUGAAGUGCGGUUUAUGAUUUGCAAUAUUAAAAAUUAGUGUGGCUAGAGAAUUAUACUUUGACACUGCUAUACCACCUACAAUUUUCACCAUUGUGUUAUUUAGUGUGUACCUGUAAACCUGUAACAACCUUCCAAUGUAUUGUAUCUUGUAGUUCAUGAAUACACCUAAAAUAAACAUAUCUUCCACAUGAAUAUAGCAAAUAAAGAAUAUAAAGUGGCAAUGGUGGCUGGAACAGUUCACCAAAAACCCAGACUAAGAGAAGAAGCUUGUGACGACCCUUGUCUCACUCCUGGACCAUCAUCAGGUCAUAAGCUUCCUAAGUGCAGGUUUUUAUUGGAACGUAGCAAGUGUCUCACUAUAGUAUUAAGAUUUUUUGAAAUACUGUAAUAUUUUUAUUAAAAUUAUUAGACAUCAUUUAUUUAUUGAUACAUCUUUAUGUAUUUUCAAAACUUAUACCACAGAAUCCUCAUCAAUAAGUAAAUGAUUUUCAAGGUAAAUAAACAUUACAGAUGGUGUAAUAAAAUUUGAACAAGAGCUUUGUAAUGAUAAAUAUGCAAAAUAUAUCUCCAUCAUAAAAUUCUUAA